AUUAGAUAAGACUGGUGGUUGAGUCGUGUUCUCCCUUCCUUUCUUUCUCUAGAUUUAAGGUGAGGAAAACAUCUUUAUUCUUCCCUUGUCAGAUUGCCAGAGCACACGUUCAAAUUUCAAGCCUUUUGAUUUUUAAGGUGCUCAUUUAUUGAAAAAGCAUAUCAAUUUCAUGCUGUAAUACAUUCUCCAGUUUCAUUUCAUCCAAAUUGAUGAUUCAUGGGGUCCGAAGGGCCACCAGCAGUAACCAUCCAUGUGACUGGUUUUAAGAAAUUCCAUGGAGUUUCGGAGAAUCCAACCGAGACAAUUGUCUGUAAUUUGAAAGAAUACACAAAGAAGAAGGGUUUGGCGAAAGGCCUGACUCUUGGAAGUUGCACUGUUCUUGAGACUGCAGGACAGGGUGCGCUCUCAACUCUAUAUCAGACUUUGCAAUCUGUCUUAAGUGGGAAGGAUUCCCAAUCUUCCAGUUCUGGAAAAACUAUUUGGGUACAUUUUGGAGUUAAUAGUGGUGCAACUAGAUUUGCUAUUGAGCAUCAAGCUGUCAAUGAAGCUACUUUUCGGUGUCCUGAUGAGUUGGGAUGGAAACCUCAGAAAGUACCCAUUAUUCCUGCAGAUGGUGGAAUUACACACAUACGAGGGACUACCCUUCCUGUUGAGGAGAUAACAAAGGCCUUGUCAAAGAAGGGAUAUGAUGUGAUGACUUCUGAUGAUGCAGGACGGUUUGUUUGCAAUUAUGUCUACUAUCACUCCCUCCGCUUUGCGGAGCAGAAUGGAACCAAAUCACUAUUUGUGCACGUGCCUCUCUUCUUGACCAUAGAUGAGGAGAUUCAAAUGCAAUUUGCUGCUUCCUUGUUGGAGGUACUUGCUUCUUUAUGUCAGUAACCUAAUGGUUGCAAUUCACAUGUUUAUGUCCUGGAAACUACCAUGCUGGUGUUGCUGGCCAUGUAUGUGAGGGUCGAUGAAUGCAUGUUUAUCAAAAGUUCUUAAUAAACAGAUACAUGUAUGUUAAUGGAAAAUUUGCAUUUCUGCCAUAUGAAUCUUAUGUAAUGUCUUGUCUUUUUCUGAAGGCUUCCUUAGUUGCCUGAAAACGUCUCAAAAUGUUUUGUGUUUGCAUAUGAAUAAAAUUCCAGUUUGCUGCUACUGCUCUCUUUUCCUCU